AUGGUUGCUAACAUAUCGUCGAUCCAGAAUCGUACUAUCACACUCGACAACUCGUCACUGCCUCAAUACUUUGGCACGAUGAACAAACCCAAAAAAGCCGCCCUUCCUGUAUUGAAUCGUCCGUUGAAGCCUACUCAAGGCACGCUCGAUAGAUGGACCAAUGGUAGUAACAUCACGACCCCAGCUUCGAAUGCAAAGGUUGCUUCAGGCAGAGUGUCCAAGCAAGUAAGCAAGGCGAAGACCUCAAAGUCUACCAAUACCAAUGAUGGUAAGCGACUUGAAAAGUCUUGAAGCAAAACUUUCGAAGUACGUAAAUACUGACAAGUCCACUAGCAACCAAUAAGAAGCCUAAAGUCAAAUCAAUGAUGGAGAACGUUGGAAACAAGAAGGCUGGUGCUGAACCUAUUAUGAAACACAAGCCCACUGGUACCAUUUCAGCAGUCAAUGUUGAUUUUGCAGAUAGUGAAUUGGGCGAUGAAGACUAUGAACUUGAGGCGUCCAGCGACGAAGACGAAGGCGAAGGGGAAGACAAUUCAUACCCGUUGCUCGAUCCCAGCCAAGAUAAUCGCGAUGAACCGAGCCCAUGGUCGAUUCCCGUCGAGCAACGAAAGAAGUGGCAAAAGUACGAUACUCCAGAUAAGAAUGGUCGUUUUAUUGGCAGACAAUUAGUCCCCUGGCACAGUAAGUCGUUAAAUGUGCUCCCAGAUUUCCAAUGCUUACUGCUUCCCUCUGUAGAACCCCGGAUGAUGGAAAAGCUUCUCCUUCAUCUACAGUACGAGUGUCAACGUGAAGGAAUUGCGCUCCCAUGGGCUAAGGUUGUUCACCGUUUGUCUCCAGGUUCCAGUGGACAAGCCGCUCUGCAACACCUAAUGAAGUCGCGUAAGCAUUUGUUGCGUGAAGGUCAUAUGGUUCCCCCACUUCCUGGCAAGUCGGGCCCGAUAUCUGAGCAUUACAACAUUCGAGGGUACGUUCGUAAGACUCCGCAAGGCCCAAAUCAGAUUGUUCUCUGGCCUGAUCCUCACGCAAACCGCUCCGAAAGCCUUAUCGAUCCAAGUAUAGUUCGUGGCUCCGGACAAUACCGUAAGAUUGAGGUUGAAGUCAAGCGCCAUGCUCAGGCUUGGCUCGAGAAGGCUAUCCAAGAUGGGGCCAGUGCUGCAGAUAUCGAGAAGAAGGCUACCGAGUAUAAACACACGCCGGAACGCCAAAGUGAUGGCAGCAGUAACAAUGCAAGACGUGAGAAGAACGAUGCAUCCAAGGCCGUCAAGAACCCUCGCGACGCUUCUGGGGGUGAGGCUGGUCCAGGAAUUAAGAUUUCUACAACUGGCAAGAAGCCUUCUCGCAGCAGAGCUCAAGGCUCGCCAGAAAGUGCCGAGUCUGAUGAAGAUGUUGACCCAGCCGAUCUUGACUCAGACGCUGAAUAUAAUCCAAAGGCUUCCAAGCGAGCACGACACGUGCGCAAGCCCACUCGAGUCCGAAAACCCAUUAAAGUCGAGCCUAAGUCUGAUAGCGAGAGUUCUACUAAGGAAGACACCUCUAUGGAAACUUUGACGAUGAGUCCCGAGCCUGCGACACCGGCCAAGGCAACUACUACCCCUCAAACUCCACCAGCAACUGGUAGGCACAUGAAAUUCAAACUGAGCCCAAGCUCUCUGCAACAGUUUCCUGCCAGUGCACCCCCAAAGGUCGCUGUCAACUGUCUGGUUGGAUUAAUCGACGGCAGCGUCAAGGAAGACAGAAACUCUGUCAUCAUUCGGGGUACUGACGAGCUUACUUUAAAGACGAGCAAAUUCGACGAUAAGACUACCGCGACCAUGGGUAGUAGAACAGCAAAGACUAGUACAGUUUCGGCUUCUCCUGAACAGUCUGCUAUGACCAAGUCGGACUUCCAACAAGGCAACUUUCCUGAGGAUAUAUCUGGUAGUUACGUUCAUCAAGAAGUACAAGGGUUCCAUGGAGGAGUUGGCGAACUUGACGAUGCUUUUGACCUAAUGCUGACCGAGCAAUUUCCUCACCAAUUGCCUUCUUGGGCUAAUGAUGGAACGAUGGCAGGUGAGAACAGUUUGGGAAGUGGGUAUGAGGCAAACCCUGUCACUGAAACCGUCUUCUCUCCAAACCAACAUUUGUUGCCUCAGCAACACGAGUCCGCUCAUAUGCCUAGCCCAUCCCCGCCAAGCCAGUUCUCUGAUCUCGCAGAUAUGGCAAGAACACCAGCCGAGAAUGUUGGGAUCGCAAAUUGCUUCAACCCCAACAUGUGGGAUACUUUUCCUCCAGACGGGCCGUUUGACUUUGAUUUUGAGUCGUUCUACUAA